CGCCAGCGCUAUGGCCGCCCCGCCGCAGCUGCGGGCCCUGCUCCUUGCGGUCAACGCACUGCUGCGCAAGCGCCGCUACCACGCUGCGUUGGCGAUGCUUAAGGGCUUCCGGAACGGGGUAGUCUAUGGAGUCAAAAUCCGGGCCCCUCACGCGCUGGUCAUGACCUUUCUCUUCCGGAGUGGCAGCUUCCGGGAGAAGCUGCGGGCCAUCCUGCAAGCCACGUACAUCCAUUCCCGGAACCUGGCUUGCUUCGUGUUUGCCUACAAGGGGCUCUGCGCCCUGCAGUCCCACUUGCAGGGCGAGACCUACCAGCUGCACUCAUUCCUGGCUGCCUUCGUCGGGGGCUGGCUGGUGUUCGGAGACAACAAUAACAUCAACAGCCAGAUCAACAUGUACCUGGUGUCACGCACCCUGUUUGCCCUGUGCCGCCUGGGCGUGAAGAAGGGCUAUAUCCCUGAACCCAGGUGGGACCCAUUCCCACUGCUCACCGCAGUGGUGUGGGGGCUUGUACUGUGGCUCUUUGAGUACCACAAGCCCACGCUGCAGCCCUCCCUGCAGUCUUCCAUGACCUACCUGUACGAGGACAGCAACGUGUGGCACGACAUCUCGGACUUCCUCGUCUACAACAAGAGCCGCCCCUCGAAGUGACUCAGCCCCGAGGUGCUUAUGGGGGCUUCGACACCCGAGCAGGCUCCGGGCUGUGCCCAGCUGUGGCUCGAGAGGUUUCCAUCAGUGAAACCUCCCAGAGGAUCCUGUCUUCUCAAGAUCUUGGGUCUCAGACUCCAACUUUCAUUAUCCCAGGGUUUCAUUUGCCGAAGUAAAAGCACUGAUUGUCAGAUCCCAUUAGGUACUCUCGAGUGGUGGGACAAGUGACCGUGUCAGGCUGAGGAGCCUUGGGCACAGUUCUGGCUGUGCUGCUGACCUCUGUGAGACCAGGGAAAGUCACACCCCUCUGGGCCUCAGGGGUCGUCGAGCUCAGAGGAGGGCCCUGAAGUGUCUCUCUGGUGGGUAUGUUCUUUGACUGUUCUUAUGUCACGGUGGGCUCCUUGCUGGUGGGCAGUGGGUUGCAAAUACGUUUUUGCAAAAUAUUAAGUUCCUUGUCUCAGGUGUCCCAUUGGAGAAGCUCUAGAGUUCCACUGUCCAGUAGAAACACAAUGUGAGUCAUAUAUGUCAUCGAUAUUUUUCUAGUAGCCACAUUAAAAAAAAAAGUGGCAAGAAGCAGGCAGGAUUAACUUUAAUUAUAUAUUUUAACCCAAUAUUUCUAAAACAUUAUCAUUUCAAAAUGUAAUUAAUAUAAAAAUGAGAUAUUUUACUUUCUUUUUUCUUGUCCUAAGUCGUCAGAUCAGGUGUGUAUUUUACACUUACAGCAUAUCUCGAUUUGGACCGGCCACAUUUCAAGUGCUCAGUAGCCACAUGUGGCUAGUGGCUACCAUAUUGGACUACACAGAUAUAGAACACUUCUUUCCUUGAAGAAGAUUCUAGUGGACAGUGCAGAUACAGAGCUCGAGGACAUGGGUUUGACUCCCUACUCUACCACUGUGUAACCUUGGGGAAGGUUCUUAACCUCUCAGGGCCUCAGUUUCUUGUAAAAUGAGGAUAAUAAUAAUACCUCAUGUCCACACUGGACUUGUGUAACUACAGCUGCUGCGACUACUACUAAUUACUUCCAUUUAGUGAGCUUCUACUUCCUCCUGGGUGCUUUGCACGUAUUAUUUUUCAUCCAUACAAUGACCUUGCAGGUAUGUAUUUUGAUUCCCAUUUCACAGAUGUGGAAACUGAGGAUCAGAAAGGGGAAGUAACUUACCCAAAGUAAUACAACUCGAAUAAUAGCCAAAGCAGGGUUUGAACCCAGAUCUAUCUGAUUUCAAAGCCCAUGUUUUUCUCAGUGCCUUACUUUAAAUUUAGAAACCUAAGCUAUGCUAUGCAAAUGUUAGCUAGUUAUAGAGUCUGUUCCAGAGGGGUGUGCAAACUCAAAUGGCAACAGGGGCCUGGCAAGUGGCAUAGGUGAUAACAUUCUGGGUGUCAUGUAGUAGGGAGUGAUGGGGACAUGGUGAACUGGAGGCUUGCGUGCCAGACUGAUUUUUUAAAACCACCAAGCUGGACAAAUCAAACAGGUCUCCAGGAGAUUUG